CAACAUAAACAAAACAAAAUCAAAUCUUCUGCCUCACACAAAGUCAGCUCUUUGCUUUGUCUUCCAUUGCACCCGAUGCACACAUAAAUAACCCAUGCAUCCUGCGCUGCUAAUUACACAAGCUAGCUCAGAAAACUUACAUGGCAUCUCAGCUGAUCGAGGAGCAGCGCAAGGGCGCCGAGGUGCACGCUGGGCAUGACCUCUGCGAAGAAAAGAUGAAGCAGCUCCUGGCGGAGCUGGGCCUCCCCAGGGGCCUGCUGCCCCUGGAGGAGAUCCAAGAGUUCGGACACAAUCGCAGUAGCGGUUUCGUGUGGGCGAUUCAAAAGAAGAAGAAGAAUCACACGUUUGAGAAGAUUAAACAGGUGACGUCCUACGCCGCGGAGGUGACCGCCUUCGUGGACGGCCGCAAGCUGAAGAAGGUGAACGGUAUCAAGGCGAGGGAGAUGCUGAUAUGGGUUAGCAUUGUGGAAGUGGGCAUCAACGAUAGCGCGCCCGACAAGGUCGUCUUCCUCUCCUCCGCGGGGCUGUCCAAAACCUUCCCCGCGUCUGCUUUCGAGUGAUCACGGCACG